GGCAAUACAGGUAAUCCAGGUGUUCAGGGAGCUACAGGCCCUGCCGGACCGACAGGUUUGCCAGGACCAUCAGGUUCAACAGGAUUUGUUGGUGUGCCUGGACAGACCGGACCCCCAGGAGCCACAGGAAGUUCAGGCAAGAAUGGACUUCCGGGAGCUGUAGGUGCAACUGGUCCUCUUGGCUCAACUGGUCCAGUAGGUUCAAUUGGUGCAACUGGACUGCAGGGAUCAAGUGGAAUUCAGGGACCUAAAGGACAAAAUGGUUGGUUAUUUUUAUUUGUUUGA